UUGAACGAGUCCCCAAAUCUGGUUCUUUCCCCUCUCCCCGCCUCGUUCUUAUCGCCACUCCCUUCGACCGCUCCGUCCCUCCCCUCUCCUCCCACCUCCGUUAUAUUCCCCCACCCACCGCACACACCCCCCCUCCACUUCAAUUGCACCACCCACCCAUUACGCCUCCAAAUCCUAGGGUUUCCCCUCGCCAUGCAAACCCUGCGCGUCCCCCCCGUCGAUGGCCUCCGCCUCGCCGCGGCGCCGCCGUCCCCCGCAGCACCCCGCAGCGCCGCCGUCCGCCGGCCCCGGCAGAUACACGCCGCGCCGGGCGUGGUGGUCCGCGCCUCCGCCGCGGCGGCGCCGCCGCCGCGGAGGGAGACGGAUCCGAAGAAGCGGGUGGUGAUCACCGGGAUGGGGCUGGUCUCGGUGUUCGGGAACGACGUGGACGCGUACUACGAGAGGCUUCUGGAAGGGGAGAGCGGGAUCGGGCUCAUCGACCGCUUCGACGCGUCCAAGUUCCCGACGAGGUUCGCGGGGCAGAUCAGGGGGUUCACGUCCGAGGGGUACAUUGAUGGGAAGAACGAUCGCCGGCUCGACGAUUGCCUCAGGUAUUGCCUCGUGAGCGGCAAGAAGGCGCUCCAGAGCGCUGGGCUCGGCGUCGGUACUGAGGCGCUUAAGAAGCAGAUUGAAAAGGUGCGAGCUGGUGUACUUGUGGGGACUGGCAUGGGUGGCCUCACAGUGUUCUCUGAUGGUGUUCAGGCCCUUAUAGAGAAAGGGUACAGGAAAAUAACUCCAUUUUUCAUUCCUUAUGCCAUAACAAACAUGGGCUCUGCAUUGCUUGCAAUGGAUAUUGGUUUCAUGGGUGCAAACUAUUCCAUUUCAACUGCAUGUGCUACCUCCAAUUACUGCUUCUAUGCUGCUGCAAAUCAUAUUCGGCGGGGUGAGGCUGAUAUAAUGCUUGCGGGUGGUACAGAAGCUGCAAUAAUUCCUAUUGGUGUCGGCGGUUUUGUAGCAUGUAGAGCAUUAUCUCAGAGGAAUGAUGAUCCAAAAACUGCUUCAAGGCCGUGGGACAAGGAUCGAGAUGGUUUUGUUAUGGGUGAAGGUGCUGGAGUAUUGGUAAUGGAAAGCCUAGAACAUGCAAUGAAACGUGAUGCACCAAUAAUUGCCGAGUACUUGGGAGGUGCUGUGAACUGUGAUGCUUAUCAUAUGACAGAUCCUAGAUCUGAUGGUCUUGGUGUUUCAUCUUGUAUUGGGAAGAGUCUUGAAGAUGCUGGAGUUGCACCAGAGGAGGUUAAUUACAUAAAUGCCCAUGCUACUUCAACUCUUGCUGGCGACCUAGCAGAGGUGAAUGCUAUUAAAAAGGUUUUCAAGGACCCAUCGCAAAUUAAAAUGAAUGCAACAAAGUCCAUGAUAGGGCACUGCCUUGGUGCGGCCGGGGGGCUGGAAGCAAUUGCAACUAUCAAAGCCAUAAAUACUGGAUGGCUGCAUCCCUCCAUUAACCAAUUUAAUCCAGAGCCUGCAGUUGAAUUCGACACAGUAGCAAACAAAAAGCAGCAGUAUGAAGUGAAUGUUGCUAUAUCUAAUUCAUUUGGAUUUGGAGGACACAACUCGGUGGUGGUAUUUGCACCUUUCAAGCCAUGAUCCAUCUUUCAUCGGGGUGAUAGGAAAAAUUUCCACUGUUGAAGUUGGAUUAUUUGUGCCUACUCGGCUUCUUUCUACGUAGUAUGAUUUGAGUUUUUGGCUUGAAGAGCGAGCUAUCAUUUUACACCGGAACCUAGGUUCCUUCAUUGUCAAGGGAAACCCUAUCUUGAGCUUUCUUUAGCCCCGUUUUAUAUCUUUAUUUUUGCGUCGUUAUGUUGUGAGAAACUCAAAAUUUCUUGGAAAUUAUUUCGGAUAUCUGAUGAGAAAUAUUCUUUUCCUUUCCUAGGGGAAA